UGACGGCAGUUCCGAGUCCAGUGGGGGCGGUGCGAGCUAUGAGGAAAUAGAGACGGUGGUAGGGGUUGUGUGAAGAUGGAGUUUCCCGGAGGAAAUGACAAUUACCUGACGAUCACAGGGCCCUCGCACCCCUUCCUGUCCGGGGCCGAGACAUUCCAUACACCAAGCUUGGGUGAUGAGGAAUUUGAAAUCCCACCUAUCUCCUUGGAUUCUGAUCCCUCACUGGCUGUAUCAGAUGUGGUUGGCCACUUUGAUGACCUGGCAGACCCUUCCUCCUCACAGGAUGGCAGUUUUUCAGCCCAGUAUGGGGUCCAGACAUUGGACAUGCCUGUGGGCAUGACCCAUGGCUUGAUGGAGCAGGGCGGGGGGCUCCUGAGUGGGGGCUUGACCAUGGACUUGGACCAUUCCAUAGGAACUCAGUAUAGUGCCAACCCACCUGUUACAAUUGAUGUACCAAUGACAGACAUGACAUCUGGCUUGAUGGCGCAUAGCCAGUUGACCACCAUUGAUCAGUCAGAACUGAGUUCUCAACUUGGUUUGAGCUUAGGGGGUGGCACCAUCCUGCUACCUGCCCAGUCACCUGAAGAUCGUCUUUCAACCACCCCUUCACCUACUAGUUCACUUCAUGAGGAUGGUGUUGAGGAUUUCCGGAGGCAACUUCCCAGCCAGAAGACAGUGGUGGUAGAAGCAGGGAAAAAGCAGAAGGCCCCCAAGAAGAGAAAAAAGAAAGAUCCUAAUGAACCUCAGAAACCAGUCUCAGCAUAUGCUUUAUUCUUUCGUGAUACACAGGCUGCCAUCAAGGGACAGAAUCCCAAUGCCACUUUUGGAGAGGUUUCAAAAAUUGUGGCUUCCAUGUGGGACAGUCUUGGAGAGGAGCAAAAACAGGUGUAUAAGAGGAAAACUGAAGCUGCCAAGAAAGAGUAUCUUAAGGCUCUGGCUGCUUACAAAGACAACCAAGAAUGUCAGGCCACUGUGGAAACAGUGGAAUUGGAUCCAGUGCCACCAUCACAGACUCCUUCUCCACCUCCUAUGGCUACUGUUGACCCAGCAUCUCCAGCACCAGUGUCAACAGAGCCCCCUGCCCUGUCCCCUUCAAUUGUUGUUAACUCCACUCUUUCAUCCUAUGUGGCAAACCAGGCAUCUUCUGGGGUUGGGGGCCAGCCCAAUAUCACCAAGUUGAUUAUUACCAAACAGAUGUUGCCCUCUUCUAUUACCAUGUCUCAAGGAGGGAUGGUUACUGUUAUCCCAGCCACAGUGGUAACCUCCCGGGGGCUCCAACUAGGCCAAACCAGCACAGCUACUAUCCAGCCCAGUCAACAAGCCCAGAUUGUCACUCGGUCAGUGCUGCAGGCAGCAGCAGCAGCUGCUGCUGCUUCUAUGCAACUGCCUCCACCUCGACUACAGCCCCCUCCAUUACAACAGAUGCCUCAGCCCCCGACUCAGCAGCAAGUUACCAUUCUGCAGCAGCCUCCUCCACUCCAGGCCAUGCAGCAGCCUCCACCUCAGAAAGUUCGAAUCAAUUUACAGCAACAGCCACCUCCUCUGCAGACCAAGAUUGUGCCUCUACCCACUCUGAAAAUGCAGACUAACUUAGUCCCACCAGCUGUAGAAAGUAGUCCUGAACGGCCUGUGAACAACAGCCCUGAGGCCCACACAGUGGAGGCAACCUCUCCUGAGACAAUCUGUGAGAUGAUCACAGAUGUAGUUCCUGAGGUUGAGUCUCCUUCUCAGAUGGAUGUUGAAUUGGUGAGCGGGUCUCCUGUGAUGCUCUCACCCCAGCCUCGAUGUGUGAGGUCUGGUUGUGAGAACCCUCCCGUUGUGAGUAAGGACUGGGACAAUGAGUACUGCAGCAAUGAGUGUGUGGUGAAGCACUGCAGGGACGUAUUCUUGGCCUGGGUAGCCUCUAGAAAUUCAAACACAGUGGUGUUUGUGAAAUAGUCCUUCCUGUUCUCCAAGCCAGUGAAGAUUUAUCUGCUGGGAACAUGUCCAAGAGCCUGUUUCUGAAACACAAGUUUGGCUUCUGGUAGUGCCUGAUCUCAACCUAUGAUGGCCCUUCAUGCUUCUCCCCUUUGAUCUUCCUUCGCAGGCCAGGUUAUGGAGCAGGGACAUUGAGUUUGCUGUAAUAUGGAAUUGCUUUUUACUUUCAACUAAUUAGAAAUACCAGUGAUAAUAGCAGAGGAAGGGUGAAGGAAUUAUGGACAAGCAAAACAUAGGGAUGGUAGGGGUGGUUGUGGGCGUUGUUUGAGGAAACUUGUUGGUACAAUUGUCAUAGGACUUACCUAAAAUAUUAUUAAAAUGAUGGGGAGAGUACUCAGCUUUGAGCCUAGGAGAAAAAACACUGUGUGCAUCCAUUUUAAAAGGGAUAAGAGAUUGCAUUAAAGGUCCCCUCUUGACAGGGAAUUACUACUAUCACAUCAGUAGAUUGCUUUGAGAACAAAGAUUUUCAACACAGUAGGCUUGCUGGGCUGCAGGGAAAAUGACAUCACCCAGGAGUUUUUUUAUUUAUUUCUCAUUACAAAGAUCCUUCUUUACCUGAGUUAUCACAAUUUGAGGAGGCAGAACUCUACAACCUUAAAUAUGAGGUUCCACCAAAGUCUAAAGAAUUGUGUUCACCUGUGUUUGAUGAAAUGUCUUUUAAAAGAUAGACUAGAGGUGUUUUCACUUACAUAAUAUAUAGGUCAAUUCUAUGCAUACCCUAGGCACUUAUUUAACCUAAGAUGACCCUAGGCACUUACUUAACCUAAGAUGAACGUAUUUAAUUUUUCUUGGAAAUAAGCUAAAGAAAAUAGGCUAGCAAAGCCACAUACUCGUAGUUGUAGCAGAAUAAGAAAUUUAGAUCAUGAUAGCCCUAGUGAAACUCAAAUUCUUACCUUGAGUAAUGCUGUCCUAAAGAACCCUUAACCAUGUUUACAUAGUACUAAUUAAUAAUCACUUUGAUCUUAUAUGGUCCUGUUUUAUAAUGACCAACAUUUUAACUCCAUGCAUUCAUUUAGUUUGAUCGCAGCAAUCCAUUGAGGUAGGUAAUAUUUAUAAGAAUUGUACUGGGAGAUGAGUUGCACAAGAUCACACACUGUAAGUGGCACAGCCAGAAUUUGACUUCAAAAUCCCAACCUCAAUAUAAACUUUUAUUUAAAUAAGGAAAAAGGCUAUUGUACAAAUAUUACUCUUCAAGUGUAGCCUGCAGAGCCAUGGCUACGGAUGCUUAGCUCUGUAAAGAUGUGCUUCUAUAAAUUCUUAGGUUUAGAGAUGAUACCAUCUGGAUACCUUUGCUUGAACCGUGCAACCACAUCUGGGUCUAGUAGGUGGAUCCCAUCCAGCUGGUUUCCAAGUGUGAUCCUGAAACAAGGGGAAAAGGAGGCAAACCAGAAAUCCUGGAAUUAAAGGGCUUAAUAUUGUUAAAAGAUGCAUACCUUUUAUUAAGACUACCUAUCAUUUCAUUAAAUAUUCAUGCCGAUUCUUUUAAAAAGACCUUAACAUUAGAAUAGUAUGACAGUGUGGCUGGUUAGGAAUUGGCACAGACUCUGGUGGUAAAACAGGCUAGAUCUGUACUAUCUAAGGGUUACUAACUGAUGCUUAGUCAAGCCUGCUUAACAAAGUUGCUGCUGCCAGUAACUAUUCUUUGGAGAGGUAAGAUUCUAACAGAACAUGUUUUAAGCUCUAGUAAAGGGAUGAAAGAUACUUAAAUUAUUGAUAGAUUAAACACAUACUUAGUAACCAGAUACAGUGCGUCCCACAGAAUGGCUGAAGAAGAGCCUUAGGUUAUAAGAGACCCUAGAGAGCAAAAUGCUCUGGGUCCUAGAACCUGUUAGGUUUCAAGUAAAUGUUGUAGAAUCCCAUAAAACAGUUUAAAUUCAACUUUAAGUGGCUUGCUUAUGAAUCCUCUGAAGCCCAUUUAUAGACUGAUGGAGUAUGAGGUGAAGUUCUACUAACUUCUGUCCUUGACCAUAAACAGUUUUGCUCUUGGGGAUUACCCCAUUCUUGGGUCACCUUACCAGUUGGGCUGUACAUUGUGUGGUCGUCCAAAUAACUCAAUCUUGCGAGUGCCAGGGGAUAAUCUCUCGAUCAUACCAUAGAUUUCAUCUGGUUUAUGACUGGUGGAACGAACCUAGGAAAUAAAGACUAGCUACUUUUUAAGUACCCAA